AGGUCUGCGACACGGCCGACGGCGGCGUCUCGGUGGAGACUAACGACACCGCCCUCUCGGCCAGGAUCGGCCGGUCGCCGCGCGUGCAGAAGGCCCUGCGCGAGGUCCUCGGCGCGGGGGGGCCCGCGCCCUCCUCGCUGCUGCAGCUGGGGCAGGCGCCGCCGCCCGCGAAGGUGAAGACGCCGGGGGCCAGCUCCAGGAAGUGCGUCAACGGGCAGGUGAACUGCGGCUACCUCCACGACCUCAUGGCUUUGGAGUGGGGCAAGUUCAAGGAUCUCGUCGAUGAGCUCACGUACAUCAUGCAGCGCAACCGCGACGCCUACGAGGGCGAGAAGGAGAACAUGAAUGAGCAGAUAGCGACCCUGAGGAACAACAAGAUGAAGUUCACAGAGAUGUUGGGCGAGGCGGUCUCUGAAAUCAACUCGCUCACGGCGGCGACGCGCGAGAAGCAGCAGCAGCACCGCGACAUCGAACAUGCGUUCAAGAUGAAGAUGGCGGACUGUAAGAAACGCAUGAGCGAAAUCCUCUACACUAACAUUUGUGGAACCAGAACCGUGCGCAAUUCUCUGAUGCGGUACAGCACUGUCUCGCCCACCAACACGAUCAAGGACUGCGACGUGACGGACUGGUCCGCGGGGCCGUGCACCACCGACGGGAGGGGCAGCUCGGCGUCGGUGGACUGCGACGACGCCUGCCCUGCCGACGUCGGGGGCGUCGACGUGGACACGUGCGGCGGCAUGAAGCAGCUCACGCGGCAGGUCAUCGUCUCUCCGAACUCGUUUGGCAUGGCGUGCCCCCCCUUGUUCUUCGAGCGGACGAACGGGACCGCGGGCAUGAAGUGCAACCAGUUCCACUGCCCGGUCAACUGCCAGGUGUCCGAGUGGUCCGACUUCUCCGCGUGCUCGAAGGAGUGCGGGGGGGGCACCCAGGGCAAGACCCGGUCGAUCCUCACGAAGCCGAAGAACGGCGGGACGGAGUGCGAUACGACACUCGAGGAGCGGCCGUGCAACACAGGGUCGUGUGACCGCGACUGCACGCUCAUGCCAUGGACACCGUGGGCACCCUGCUCGAUGGCCUGCGGGGGCGGCAUCCAGGAGCGCCACCGCAAGGUGGACAUCCCCAUCCGGGCGAACGGCAAGUGCCCCGACGCGAAGCAUCCCGACCGCUUCGAGAUGCAGCAGUGCAACACCCAGGACUGCGUCGGCGACGAGAUCUGCAUCGCCAGGCAGGACCUCGUGAUCGCGCUGGACGGCAGUGGCUCUCUGAAGCAGGAGGGCUUCGACUACGUCAAGAAGUUCGCGCUGAACCUCACCAGCAAGUACCAAAGCGUGUACUACGGCCACGAAGACAUGCGCAUCGGUCUGGUGCUGUUCGGGAACGGCGAGUACUUCGACAACGGGACGGUCGCGGCUGCCCUCGAGGUCGUCCCGAUCACCACCGACUUGGAGUCCGUCGAGACAGCGAUUCAAGGGUUGCAGUGGCAGCGCGGGUUCACUAACAUGAUGCAAGCGCUCCAAGCCGCCGACAAUAUGUUCGCGGAAGGCCGCGAUGACGCACAGAGCGCGGUCAUGGUGAUCUCGGACGGUAAGUGGACAAAUGCGUAUCGCACAACAAUGAAGGCAACAGCGAUGAAGGACAAGGGGAUACAGAUCUUCAUGGCCCCCAUUGCAGAGCACAUGAAUGCCAAUUUGCAGAUACUCAGGGGUUGGGCGAGCGAGCCGUGGGAGACGAACUUCGAGCUCAUUCCGGGCUUGACGUCCCUCGUAAACAACGAGCCAGAGUUCGCGCAGAAGUUGCUCGUCAAGUUCUGCCCCCGGGCGUUCUCGCCAUCGCUCAAGCAGGAGGAGGAGACGCAGACGGGCUACCUAAAGAUCCACGAGGAAGGCUACCCAGCGGACAGUUGUGCCACUUGGACGGACCUUGGCACACAGAGCAGCGCUGACGCGUGCAUGGAGGCAGUGAAGGAGAAGAACGGUUUGGCCUUCGCCUAUUUGGAAGGUGGCCGCAACAGCGGUACCUGUUACGAAGAGGGUAUUGAUGUCACUUCGGAGAUCUGGGCUGAUGCGAUGAACGACCGUGUAAACAUGAGUUGCCCAGGUACUGAUGGGGGUUGGGUGUACAAUGCGUUCGCGUCCACCUACAUCAUGAAUCCGACCAUGUUCGGCAGCCUCUUCGAGGAUGAGUGAUGACGGGGACUCCGAGAAGUUUUGCCCCAGACAGUCCUAGUGCAGGUGAUGGUCUGAGCUUACCGCGUUUUUCGUUGAGUUGAGAGAACCAGCCAAACUCUUCUGGUUACGUCGACUCGUCGUCCUCUGCCUCAGCCUCCUCCCUCCCCUCCCCUCUCUCCUUCUCCUUCUCCUCCUCCAUUCCACCUCCUCGUGCGAGCCCCGACCACCCGCCGCGGGUGUUGCUGCGAAGAAGGGGGACAACACAAUUGGGCUUCGGUCGAUCCCCACCAGGGAGAUGCUGCGAAUGGCUUCGACGUCUGUCUACAUAUUCCAGACCCUCUUGCG